AUGACGCCUGCGCAACGAGCGGUGGACGUCGGUGCUAGCGGUAAUUCGACUGCUACGACGCUAACAGCUCCUCCACCACUAUGGCAGACCCCAGUCUACGAAACGUUUAUUGUGCUUGUGGCUCACUACCGGUUCUGGAAUAUCGAUGAUAAAAACCUGAAGAACGAGCACACUGCGUAUGCAUAUUGCACAAGGUGCAAACGAUCGGUUCGAUUCGGCAAGGGAAACAGCGGUGUUGAGAGGCACAUGAGCAACUACCACGCAGCAGCGCUCGCAAAUUACGGCAAAGAGGACGAUGUGGAUGAGAAUAGCCUUGAGCCGCAGCCCGAAGUUCAAUCCCGACAGCUUCGUGAAGUUAGCCCCGAGCAGCAGAAGGAGGUGUACGUGCUUCUUGCGCGUUGGAUAGCAGCCCAUUUUUGCCCGCUUCUCUUGGUUGAAGACAAAGGCUUUAUUACGUUCAUCAAGUUCAUCACGAGCGCGUCGGUGAGCAUCUCGACGUCCACGAGCGCUUCCGCGUCCUUCAGCACGUCCACGUCCUUGACCAUCUCGAUGUCCACGAGCGCGUUGGCGUCCACGAGCCGCUUCCGCGUCCGUCAGCAGGUCGACGUCCUUGAGCAUCGCGACGUCCUCGAGCAGAUCGGCUUUCUACAGCGAGUCGGCAGCUACGAGCGCGUCGGCGUUCACGUGCACGUCGACGUCCUGGUGUUCACGGGUGUUGGUGUCCAGGCGUUUGUGUGUUCGUGUAAGCUCAUAUAA